AUGGUGAGCGAGGGCCGGGCCGGGGCCGCAUCCGCCGCCAUCGGGACGGCCGCACCCCCGGGCUCGAUUCCCGUGCCCGGUGUGACCGGAGCCGCCCCGCAGGUGGAGGAGAGCGUCCUCACCCUGGGCAAGUUCCACAACGUGGUGAAGCUGGUGGCGUUCUCGCCGUUCCGCUCGGCGCAGAGCGCGCUGGAGAACAUGAACGCCGUGUCCGAGGGAGUCCUGCACGAGGACCUGCGGCUGCUGCUGGACACGGCGCUGCCCCCCAAGAGGAAGAAGGUGCUGCUGGGGGUGGGCGAUGCCAAGAUGGGCGCGGCCGUGCUGGAGGAGCUGGGGGUGCAGUGCCAGACCGGCGGCGUGGUGGCCGAGCUGAUGCGCGGGAUCCGGCUGCACUUCCCGGCGCUGGUCCGGGGCCUCACGGCGCAGUCGGCGGCCAAGGCCCAGCUGGGGCUCGGUCACAGCUACUCCCGGGCCAAGGUGAAGUUCAACGUGCACCGGGUGGACAACAUGAUCAUCCAGUCCAUCAGCCUGCUGGACCAGCUGGACAAGGACAUCAACACCUUCUCCAUGCGGGUCCGGGAGUGGUACGGGUAUCACUUCCCCGAGCUGAUCAAGAUCGUCCCCGAGAACUCCAUGUACUGCCGGGUGGCCAAAUUCAUCGGGAACCGCCGGGAGCUGAGCGAGGAGAGCCUGGAAGGGCUGGAGGAGAUCGUCAUGGACAGCGCCAAGGCCCAGACCAUCCUGGAGGCCUCCCGCUCCUCCAUGGGGAUGGACAUCUCCCCCCUGGACCUGAUCAACAUCGAGAGCUUCUCCCGCCGCGUCAUCUCGCUGUCCGAGUACCGCAAGGGGUUGCAGGAGUACCUGCGCUCCAAGAUGAGCCAGGUGGCCCCCAGCCUGUCGGCGCUCAUCGGGGAGGUGGUGAGUGCGGUCCCCGGGCGCCCCGCCGGCCGCGGACGUGAUGUCAGAGUGAAUCUGUCAAUCCACUGAGCUGUGCUGCUGACACUUCCACUGCUGAUCCCGGCCUGCAGGGACUCCUCUGUGCGCCCUCGAGGGUUCAGGGUCACCCUGGGACUCCUCUGUGC